AUGUCAGAGCGUAAAGUGAUCAACAAAUACUAUCCACCGGAUUUUGAUCCGUCAAAAAUAGUGAAGAAGAAGAAGAAAGUGAAAACCGGCUCUGCUAGUUUACCAACAGUUAGAUUAAUGACUCCAUUUUCAAUGAAAUGUUUAAAUUGUGGUGAAUAUAUUUCUAGAUCAAGAAAAUUCAAUGCUAGAAAGGAAAACACAAGUGAAACUUAUCUUGGCAUGAAAAUUGUUAGAUUUCAUAUCAAAUGUCCAAGAUGUGCAAGUGAAAUUUUAUUUAGAACUGAUCCAAAAAGUGCAGAUUAUGUUAUUGAAUUUGGUGCUCAAAAAAAUUAUGAUUCUGGUAAUACAAAUAAAUUAAUGAAAGAAGAAACAUUAGAGGAUACCUUAGCAAGAUUGGAAAAAGAAGAAGAAGAAGCAAAAUUGAAAGAAUUACAAAAAGAUAAAAAACAAACAUCUUUAGAAGAAUUAGAGGCAAAAUUAAAUGAUAUAAGGCAUCAACAAGAAUUAAGUGAACAAAUUGAUGAUUUGAGAGAAAGAAAUUCAAGAUUAAAUGAUUUAGCCAAAGAUGCACAAUAUCAAAAUGAAUUAAAAGCGAAAUUGAGAGCAUCCGAAGAAGAAAAAUUACAAAAACAAAAUGAAGAAGAUGAACGUUUAGCUGAAGAAGCAUUUAAUCAAACAAAAUUAGGAAUAAUUAAACCUAAAUCAACUAUAAAUUCUAUAACAAAACAAAAUAAAAUUGAAAUACAUAACAAAAAUGAUGAUAAUAACGAUAAUAAUGAUGAUAAUGAUGAACAUAAUGAUGAUGAUAAUAAUAUAACUGACAAUAAUGACAAAUCACAAAAAGAGAAUGACUCUGAUUCUGAUUCUGAUUCUGAUGGAUAUGAACAACCUUUAUUCACAAAAGCACCUGAACCUCCUAAAAAAUUGACACUUAAAAGAAAAUCUAAUUCAUUGGGUAUUUCUGUUAAAAAAUCCAAAACUUGA